UUAAAAACCAUUUUAAAAAUGUGCACAUCCUCCCAUGCUGCAUGGUUGCCCGCACUCCCCUCCUGGGCUCAUAUUUCAUUACAUUAGUUCAUCUUUAAAAGGAGGUGGAGGAGGGGGGCCUUCUCUGAGGCGGUCCCGCAUUCAGUACGCCCCUGUCUCUGUCUCAUAGUUAGGGCACCAAAAUAACUCGGUCGAGAGAGACGCUUGUUUUUGUUUGUUUGUUUGUUUACCUGAAAGCCAAAACUCUUCCAGGAUCCACAUUUGCAACUCUCCUAGUAUCCACGCCGUAUUUUUCUCCAUGCCUUCUAGCGUAAAGCCCCCGAACGUCACCUUCCCUCCCCCUCCCCUUAGCAACAGAGGCAACAUGGCGGCGUCCAGUAACGCGGAGCAUUCUCCAGAGAUAUCGACGCCUUUAAAGAUACCGAAAACCGAGGUGCCAUCCCCCGAGUCGGAGGAUUUGAGUGACAGUAAUCAAUACCACUCCAAUCCCUCGACACCUAACCGCUUCUCGCCUUUGAACGUGGGCUCAGGGACCGCGGGCCGGACGGCGGCCUCAUCCUCCUCCAACAGCUUCACGGCUUGCCGAGGGAUGUCGUGGACCCCGUCUGAGACAAACGCCCUCAUCGCGGUCUGGGGCAACGAGAGGCUGACGGAGGCGAGGAUGCAGCAGCUGGAGGUCGCGGGCACCGUGUUCUCCGGUAAGGCCCCCGGUCCUGCCAUGUACGAGCGGGUGUCCAGAGCCUUGUCGGAGCUUGGAUAUGAGAGGACCCCGUCCCAGUGCAGGGAGAGGAUGAAGACGCUGCGGCGCUGCUACAGCCGCGUGAAGGAGCAUGGCAUCGGCAAAAGGAAGAGCAGCUACACUAUAGAGCAGCUGGAGAAGGUGUUUGGUCAGGGAGGCUGGGACUCCCAGAGUUGUGCCCCGGUGCUGAUCAACAGCAGUGGGCUGUAUCAGGAAAUGGAGUCCGAUGGCAGCACCCUGGAAGACUUCUCCCAGGAGGACUGGUGCAACCAGGUGCUAGACUCAGCCUUCCAGGAGGGAGACAUGGAGACUGGUGAGUGUGCUAGCAAGCAGUGGACAGAUAGCAAUAAAAGACACAGAAAUAAUGGGUUUGAACUAAUAUGUGUGUUUGUUUUCUCUCUAGAAGAAAUCCAGGUGCCUAAAAACAGAGCUCUGCAGAUUCAAGCAGAGCUGUCAGAACAAACCCAAAAAAGAGACAUGAUGCAGACUGUGAUGCGUAUCCUUGAGUCAGUGCAGCUGAAAUGGGAGCACUUCCAGACGUGGACUGAGUUCUCACGGCUGCACCUCUCCAACAAACUGGCCAUCUUUGGCGUGGGCUACAACACGCGCUGGCGCGAGGACGUGCGUUACCACUACGCCGAAAUCAGCUCGCAGGUGCCGCUGGGCAAGAGGCUUCGUGAGUACUUCAACCCAGAGAAGCCAGAGGGCCGCAUCAUCAUGACCAAAGUUCAGAAGAUGAACUGGAAGAAUGUCUACUACAAGUUCCUGGACAUUACCAUCAGCGAGGCACGCUGCCUGGAGCUGCACAUGGAGGUGGACUGGAACCCUGUAUCCCAGUCCAGGGCAGCAGGCUGCAGCAAAGGCACCUCCCACUACCUCCUUCCUGGGGACAUCCCCAAGGCGUAUGGACUCUACGCAAUUGGCUACGAGGCAAUGUCGUCCUCUGACACCGCUCAGACCUCUCCCCAGGGUGAUAGUGAAGACCAUAGCUUACCUCAGUGGGAGUCAGAGAACGGGGCACAAAGUCAGGCUGAUGGAGAAGGUGCAGGGAAAGGUGACAGGACUGGGGCUAAAGUCACUUACUGCUACCUAGGCAUAGCUGAGGAUAGGACCAUACAGCAGUGUCUCUUCCAGCACUUUCAGGGCUCUGGCAAACACUAUGUCCAUGGUGAACCCUCCACUGUGACGCGUUUCCUGCAGGAGAACUGCUGCGGUGCCGUCACAAGUCAGGAUGGGGAGGGAGGUGAAGACUCGUCUCAGCGUUUUUCCAUUUACAUAAAAUUCAUUGAGGUGGAGCUGGACUUCCUCUCAGCAGGCUCCCUGGUGGAGUGCCUCGAAACUGCUGUUGGUUAUUCCUUGAAAUACAACAACAGAGAAACAUCUUAACUGCACUCAGUGUUUCAGAUUUGUAUUGACUAAAGAUAUAAUUAACACGUGUUACAGCCAACAAGGCAACAUGAACGGUGACCAAUUCUGUCUGUUAAAGCAUGGAUGUGUGCAAGAGUCUGGCAUAUUUUUGCAGCCUUUUCAGCUCUAUUGAACAGAUUUUUCAGUAGACCCUUAUUAAGUCCAAAAAGAAUGACUAUGCACAAUAUGGCAAAUGUAUUGUGUAGAAAUAUGGGGACAGUAGCUUAAGUAUUUCAGAGCUGCAACAUCCAAGAAGUAUGUACUUAUUAUUUUAUGCUAAUGUGCACUACAAAGGUUUCUGCUGCUUGUUUAGUGUAGAUAUUGCCUCAUCAGGGAGUGUGGGGUUGGCAAGGUGACUACUGCAGUAUGCAUCUGUCUACCUCAGUAGGAUGUAGCAAACAAGGCAGCGAGGGCACCACAGCGUGUAUUUAUUCUGAAACUGCCUUUACUUUGACUGUUGAGGUCUGGACCUGAAUUCACAAAGCAUCUAAGAGUAACGGCUGAUUUAUGCCUUACGUUUUGCACGUGGAACUGGACUGCAGCUAGAGAUGCUUCCAUGCAAAUUAGGGAGAAAAUUAGUUAGUUCAAUUGUAUAGGUCUGAUGGUUUAUCCAGCAGUGUGAACACUGGGUGCGCGUCAAAACCCCGACCGGCCGGUUGGGCGUGGUUUCCACUCCAUUUCAAUUCAGCACACAAAACACCACAUGCUGCUCAUGCCGACCUGUAUCGACGGCAGUAUACAAAACCCCAUGUGUACCAACAGCAUCGUUAAUUAUACAGUCUAAUAAAAACAUUUUUCACACGGCUGAAUCCAAAUGGAAAGGGUUCUGUAGUGUCUCUGCAACUUUAAAAAUACUAAAUUAAAGUUUAUCACAGCAUCUCUACCACCGGCUGCUGUUUGAUUUUCAGUUUCGUACCUGCCGCCUCAUAUCGUGCCUGCUCUCCAUUUAACCGGGGUUCCCGCCCUUGCCCUUAUUUAAAAAAAACAACCAAACGGAGCGCACUUUUCAAGCUGUCUGGGUUAUCUGUGUAGCUCACUUGCUGACUCUCUUGCCUGGUCUUUUAUAGCUCUAAUGCACAUUCAAAUGCUUGACUAGGUUGGUGGUAUUCAGAGUUUUGCUCCUGCACAAGCAAACACUGAAUUUUGUCUUUGCUAGAUAUUCUGAAAUACUGCCAGAUCACUAAGGAAAUUAUUGAUUUACUUGUUAUGUGUUUUUGGUGCCAUGGUAUCAGCCAAAAUGAGAAAUCGCUGAUUUUACACUGGAGUGUAAAUAUACACUAAGCCAAUAUGUAUUGUUGGCCAGUGCUUUGGAGCAUCUCUAGCUGCGGCUGUGGGGUUGUGGGUAUCAGUGGACCAACACCACAGCACCUCCCACAUACUGGUAUUUUAAAUGCACCAGUGUUGCAGAUACAUAAUCACAUGAACACAUGAUCGUGCCAGUGGUUGAGGUAAUCUACUUGCUUACAGCCUAAGAUCACAGAUCUACAACUUCUAGUAAGGGUAAGACUAUAAGCUGCAGAGGUUUACUCAUCCUUGACUAAUAAUCAAACUGAAUUCUUUAUGAACAUGAUUCCUGAGGUUAUGUGCAAUGUGCCAGGAAGGGACUGUGUAGAGAAGAAUCAAACAAUGGAUAAGUCCAUAUCAUAUGUUUAUGAAAUCUACCUUAUAUAUCUAUAAUAUAUAUUUAAGAAUAUUGUUGUUCUUGAGCAUUCCAGCUUUUGCAAACUUGCAAUGUUCAUUUGUUUGGGUAUACAGUAUAUAAAGAUAAAUAUGAUAUUUUAUAUUUUAUCGGUUGACAUCAUGUCUCGUAUGUGAUUGUUUGGAAGUCACCGUCUUGUAUGUUUACAUGUUUGAAAAACAAUAAAUGGGGCACUCACUGUCAUUUGUUACACAGUGAA